UGCUUUGCGUUGUGGCAGCGCCACCGGCUGACGUUAGUCGUCAGUUGCCGAGAAUAUCUCCGAGAGGGAAGGGAGUCGCGGAAGGCGAUCGCGCUUCGGAUAACCGCACGUUUCCAAUCGCCGCGCGGCUUCUCAGUUUACACCGAUUGCUAACCUCAAGCGAUCUCUUCCUCGGUGAACGUUCGGAUCGCAUCUGCUCGACUCGAAAUUCUCGCGGGGUUGUCGAUCUCCUUUCAUGUUCACCUGCAGUUAACCCGUCCGCGCUGCAGAGUUGAAAGAGAAUGUCCUUAGCCGACCCCUCGGAACAGGAACUGUAAACAAAAAUCUAGGAGGGUGAAAUUCACCUUUGACGCAUGAAGACGUCGGGUGGGAAAAAGUGAAACCUGUUUUUCGGCGUAUUUACGAGUCGUCGCAAAACCGCAAAGGAUCGCAAGUGGUUUACGAUACGGUGUUGAGACCCUUUUUCGUAUCGGGCCGAUUAAGUGAUGGAUCGGGGUGAACGGGACGGAGGGAAUAACGGGAAAGCAAGUUCGGUGGAGAGUGGGAGAAACCCGCGAUAAUCGACGGUGUCAAUCUAAGGGGCUGCGAUAAUAUGCGCCGGUGAAUGACGUAGUAACCACGUCCUAAGGGUGACUGGGAGAUCGCACAGGAGUGGAGGUCCUCCUUCCAUCCGGAUCGAUGCAUAGUGCAGUGUGAUCGUGGUGUUUGGUUGUCAUGACAACAGUCAAACUUUUUAUCAUGGAAUAAGAGAGGACCCCGACCAAUUAAGAUCUUCGACGAUUUGUUGCGCGUCAAGGAGUUCUCGCAAGCUCUGAAGAGCCUGAAUCGCUUGAACAAGGAGGGCGAAGCGUUUCUACCCCUCGAGGAUGACGUCACACCACACCCCACCCUGGCCUUGAUGCGCCGGAUUCUCGCCGACGCGCAGGCGAAACUCCGCGUGAUGGUGGACGAGAACGCAGCCACGGGUGCCCGGCUUGACGGUGAGCUGGAACGAGCACGAGGCGAAUGCGCGACGCUGAGAGGAGAGCUUCGCGAAGUCAGGGGUGCCUUGGUCCUGAACAACUCGAGCGGCGGUACCACCGGUGCUAACCUAAAUCCCCCCCAAGACGGCGAGGCGCAAAUACAGGAAGAUCUUAAACGACUUAGCGCCGGAAGCAGCCCCGUUGAUAAGCGAAGCUCAGCCAGCGACAAAUCCGCCAGUCCAAUCGAGAAGAGGGCGAGUCCAGUCGACAAAAAGGAACGCACUAGUCCCAUAGACAGAAGGACGAGUCCCAUAGAGAGGCACAAUAAUGGCUCGCCGUGCCGCAGCCCCAGCGAGAAAAAUCGACGGCCUUGCGCCCCUGCCCUGGAGAAAACGCGGUUGGGUGGUUCGGGCGGGAGCGUAGAUUCGAGGUCUGGAAGCGCCAGUCCUGACCGAGGAUUUUCUACAAGGGGUAGUUUCCUGCACAGAGGGAACAGCGAACGUUCAAGCAUCGAAAGGCUCCGCAUCACCACGGGGCGUGUCGCUAAGGACGUUGCUGAUCAGGACAAAGAAAGAUCAGACAUGGGGGACAGCGACGUGCGUGGUGACGAUGAUGAGCCGCCGGGACCCGCGCCUAGCAGUCGGCCAAACUCACCGACUAGUUCUCACGCAGGCAUAAUUGGCGAUCCUGUCGUGGCAUCCCGGCUCUCAAACAUACACGGUGGAAACAGCGGUCCAAUCGAAGUCGCGAGUGCCAGAAGGCUUCGCUUGGAGAACGAGAGGCUGGUGGCGGAAGUAGCGAGAUUAAGGCGGCUCCUCUUGAGUGGCGCGGGUCGUGGCGAGGUCGGCGACGAAGAAGUCGCCCUCGGGGAAGAGGGGCGAGUCGUGGCUUUGGAAAUGGAGCUUCAGCUGGCCCGCGAGGCACUCCAGGUCCUGAAAGCAGAUCGCAAGCGUUUGAAGGCCGAGAAAUUCGAUCUUCUUAAUCAAAUGAAGGAUCUGUACGUGACCCUCGAGGACAAAGAACGAGAACUUCGCGACUUUAUACGAAACUACGAACAGCGGAUGCGAGAGAGCGAGGCGAAACUUGGCCGUUUGCAGCAACAAGGAGCUCUGGGUGGUGGACCAGGCGACGAGAGAGAGCGAGAGAGAGAGCGGGAGAGAGAGCGAUGGAGUCUCUUGAGAGCGGCGAGGGAUGAGGCGGACCGAAGUCUCAGCUUGGCUGCCAGUCUUGCCGACAAAGAAGCGGCCCUGCUGCACGCCCACGCGACUAUACAAGAGCUCAAGCGGCAGCUGAUGGAGAGGGGCGGGAGCGUCGGGACCUGUCUCAGCGAUCAGGAAUCGCUGGUAUCGUUUCCUCGAGGAAGCGUCAACGGCGCCGCAACUCCAGGUGCCGGGAGCAGCAGUGGAAGUGGUAUCCCGCAUUUGACCUCGCAACAGCCUCUGGGGGUCACGGAAUUAGGGGUAGUUUGCGGCGUGGGCGGGACUGCCGGGGGCGGUGCUGCCGGUGGUGGAGGUCAAGCUGGCGACCGAGGAAGCUGCAGCGCUGACAGCGGGGUGCGAGGUUCCAGCGACCGCGAAAGCGGGGGUGCGACCAGCGUUGGUGGAAAUUUAUCCGACUCGACGACCGACGGGACGCCAACUAUUACUGUUGAAGGGAGUGGUCUCGACAUGGACAACAUCUCCGUGGUGUCUUCGGUUGCGCCACCUCACAUGUAUCAAUCAGCUACCACGCCCAAGGAUUGCAGCCCAACUUUGUCACCCUUGAACGCGUUCUCAAGAUCAAUGGACAAUUCCUCGUUGUCUCGGUCGGUGGAACAACUUUCAAGCCCAAUGGAGUCCGAACCCAGACGGAACAAACAUCCACCUCCCGUUGUCGCACCCUCUGCGCACUCAAGGUCUUCGGCUACGCGGGGAGGACCCUGGGGUUCGAUUUCAAGGGUGUUCACCCGGACACGGCACCGGAAAACUACUAAUACCAAUCCCGGGAACGAGGCCUCGGAAACAUUCGACCCGUACAGAUCGUGGUCGCCACUGACCGAGGAGGGCUACGCCGAGAAGCUGCGGCUCCUGAGGGAAGCUGCGUCUGUCCCCAUGGAAAGAUGGAGAGCACCGACGGUCCUGGCAUGGCUCGAGGUCGCCCUGGGAAUGUCCCAGUACGGACCGCGGUGCGCGGAAAACGUCAAGUCCGGAAAAGUGCUGCUGGAGCUGAACGAUGCUGAGCUAGACGCUGGUCUCGGGGUCACUCAUCCUUUGCACAGAAAGAAGCUUAGGCUAGCGAUCGAGGAACACCGCCAUCCGAGUUUGGUGCGAUACCCUUGCAUAGCUCAGCUCGGCCACACCUGGGUAAGCUCCGAAUGGUUGCCGGACUUGGGCCUCGCUCAAUACUCGGAGAGCUUCGCGACGAACAUGGUCGACGCCAGGAUGCUGGACCACCUGAGCAAGAAGGAGCUCGAAAAGUUGCUGGGCGUUACGCGAAAGUCUCAUCAAGCCAGUAUCGUUCACGGUAUUCAUCUGCUUCGCAUGCUGAACUACGAUAGGCAGGCAUUGGCGGUAAGGAGACACCAGUGUGAACAGGUGGACGCAGACCCUUUGGUUUGGACCAAUCAGAGGUUUAUUAGGUGGGCACGAAAUAUCGAUUUAACCGAAUACGCCGAGAACUUGAAAGACUCGGGUGUUCACGGCGCUCUCGUUGUUCUGGAGCCGUCAUUCACAGGCGAGAUGAUGGCCACUGCUCUAGGAAUCCCACCAGCGAAACACAUGAUCCGACGACAUCUGACCGCCGAACUUGAAGCUUUGGUACUCCCCGCCAGAGGUCAACUGGAGGUCGUCCCCAGGGGAAGCAUCGGGAGCAGACCGGUUAGCACCGUCAGCGCCGGCGGAAGCCUGGGUCGUGGAAACCGAGCCUUUCAUCUCCAGCAUCACCAGAGCUCCCUAUCAGCCCUUCACAUGGCGGCUAACCAUAACAGCAACACGGUCGACCGUCGCAGAUCCAGUUUAAGGUUGUCAUGGAGGAGCUCUCAGGGAUCACUGAGCCGAGCCCUCGGUCUUCGUCCUCGCAGCGAAAAGGCAUCCCCGUCGUCAUCGUCGGACACCGGAAGUCUCGCGAGCCAGUGUCAGUACGUUCACCACGGGAGCAUCGGGAGCCGAGGAUCGUCGCCACCUCCUCCUCAACUACCGCCGAGACCGUCGUCCGGUAAACGACAUCGUCGAGUAAAGAGCAUCAGCGACAUCGAGUACAUAAGCAGCGUCGCCGUCAGCACCCCCGUCUGACAAGAGGAACAGGCCCGCCAAUCGGGGCCUUACAGAAGCCUCAGCGAGAGGGGCCACUCGCCAAAUUCCCAGUCUUCGCAUUACGGCUCCUAUUCCGGGUACGGAAACGUCCUCCAGGCCGGAAGCGAGUCCUCCCACUACGCCUCGCCGAGUUCCCUCUACAGAUAUCCGGUCCAGAGCGCCGGGGCCGGAUGCUACUCACCUCAGAGUCCGGAAACGCAUUUGCCGCCGCGCAUACGUCAGUACGGAAGCCUUGCCGAGGAGGGAUGGCCCCACCGUUUCCAAAAUUAAUCCAAGGCUCGAUUAACUGCUUUGCAUUCGUUAGCCGCUGUCCGAUCGACGAUCCUAUCGGGGUUUUAAAUUAUCCUGCAUCGAAACGAGUGCGGAUUUAAGAGAUGGACUUUAGGAGUCACGACCGCGAAUAAUGACUUUUGAAUCGAUUCAUUUCGUACGCCGUCGAGAACGCACGGCGCACGGUUCUGAACACAAAUUCAUCCUCUGAAUUUAGCCAUUACGCAAUUACGCUAAACCGUUUGAAUACCACUUGGAUGACGACGAGUUGACCAGCUUCGAUGAAACAGAAUCGCAUAUUGAAGGGAAUCCGUAUCGGAGAAGAAUCAAUUAUUUUCUAUUCAUCCGCAGACUUGACACGUCACGGUAUUGUAUGAAAUUGGAAAUUGUGGCCGGGAAAGUAACGAUUUUUGUUCAGAACUGUAAAUCAGGUGAAUAGGUUUUUUUCAACAGUGUUAUGGAGGUGAUAACAUUUUUUCCAAUUACCACAACUCUGAAAUUACUCUUGAAAUGCAACGUAUACCAGUAGCCGUCAUUCUCACCUGCUUAAAUAUCGUAAUACAAUAUGUAUAUUAAUAUACCCUAUAUUGCCUGCAGUUAACUUUUAUCGUCUUAGCAGCUAUAAAUGUCAAAUAAUGUACUCUAAUUUAUCCGGGCAUUAUAUAAUAUUGUACAGUGACUGCCCUAUUUUAUGUAUUUGUAACUACGUCAUCAAUCCGAGUAAUGACAGUUAUUAUAGAUACCGUAAACAGAAUCCGGAUACGUGUCCGUGUAAUAAUGUUGCCCCGUAAUCAAGGUUUAUUUAUUGAUCAUACUAUCGAUACGAUGCACAGAAAAAAGUACUAAAAUAUCCUAAGAAAAAAAAAAUCAUACCAGGGUAGCUGAUAUUCCAAAGUUUAGCUAAUCAAGUACACACUCUUUCCUCCACCGUUCAAUAUGAUAUUACAAUAAAGAUUGAUAGAGGAAAAUAUGGGGGGAACAUUUCAAACAAUUUCUAUAUUUAUCUGAGACGUAUAAUCCAUACAAAGUAAAGACCGUAAUCCAAGCAUACAGUAAUUUUACAAUCAACGACGGUGAACUUACUUCUACAAAUUUCUUACUUACAAUUUAUCAAUUUUAAACGUUAGAUUUCUGUUGUCGUUAAAAAUCCUUAAUCUUCUUCCCACACCUGUAUUGACACACAGCUAUCGAUAUAACUUACACAGAUAAACAGGGAGUCAACUUUGUUGAGUUGAUAUAGUUAUACAAAUGUCAUAAUUCCUUUCGUCAUUAUUCUUAUUAUUGAUAUUAAAAUUAUUGUUACCAUUAUUAUCAUUAUGACACUACAACUGUGUCUAGUUGAGGACUUGGUCAAGACUUGUAUCUCAAUUGUUUUGAAUUAUCUCGGAGAAGCAUCUCUUCGUGUCAACAAAAAACAAAACCUUGUAAGUAGCUCUAAUAUGAUUAAAAAAUAUUCCGUUUACAGUACACAGCUUACCGAAGCUACUAAAUGAUACGUAUCAACAAUGCUGAUACCCACUACAAUUCUUGUGAAAGCUUAUAAUAUAAGAUCUUAUUGUAACUGCUGAAACGCAAGUAACGGAAAUCUUACUACUAUCCGUAUCCACGUGAUGAAUCGAAGCCUAAUUAAUUGCGACUCGAAAGUUACAAAUUAAUUACCGCAAAAAUAUUCCGGAAAAUAUACUUCUAUCGAACUCAGUUGUAAAAUUAUAGAAUUCCUAGAUCGUAGUGAUCAUUAAAAUAAAACCAACGAUAAUUCUCGGUAUAUUCGUUUCUGAAAAUAUUAUUCCGUUCGUAAAUUGAGAACAAAAAUGAAUUUUGACAAAAGUAUAGUGCUGAAUGCACGUAUUAUCGCCAUUUUAAUCAAUCAAAUGGAUGAUUAAUACUGUGAAAGCAUAUACGAGUAUGUAAUUUCAUGUACCUAAGUAAUUUAUUUCACUAAAUUAAUUUAGGUUUAAUUGAUAUUUAUUUGGAUUUGGACAUAUUACAUGCGGAUGCCAUUGUGUUCAAAAUAAAAAAAAGGAUCCCGUGCAGUGCGAGGAAUCCGCGUCUAACCGUAAUUUAUUAUUCAAAUUAUCCAAUCAACGUGGAAACAAAGUAAAAUAAAUACGAAAUAACAUUGUAAAUGCGCUCAAUACGGAAUGUAUAUAUUUGUGUGAGCUGUACCUACUAUCACAAAUAAAAUUAUGAUUGUAUUGAA